AGCUUUCUUAGCCAUUCUUAUUUUGUCUAUGGCAACAGGCGCUACCCCAGAACAGGUCUGUAAGUACGAUGACGUUCUUCAGUACUUGAACAUCACAUCUGAAAAAGCUCCCGCACCACAUACAAUACCCAAGGAAAAUUGGAAGGAGCCAUUGAAAGUGGAGAUGCAAUUUAUACUGCUUUCCAUCCUCUCAGUGGUUGAAAAGCUACAAACUGUCACUGUCUAUUUCUUAGUGACCAUGAAGUGGAAGAACGUCUUUGUGACUUGGAAUCCUCAGGAUUUCUGUAACAUUUCCAAACUCGUUCUGCCAGUGGAUACAUUUUGGUCCCCAUAUAUCAUCAUUUAUGAACAAGUGGAUGAAGAGAAAUCACUCAGCAGGCCCUUUCUAACCAUUACUCACACCGGCAUCAUUCAUACAACCCAGCAGCAUCGGGUCACCAUAACAUGCAGCUUAGAGAUGCACCAGUUUCCAUUUGACACCCAGACCUGCCUCAUGACCAUGUACUCGUUUAUGAAUUUGGUUGACAUUAUACUCGAAUCUAGUCAGACAACAGAAGAAGUGAAUAAACAAAGCCAAGUUUAUCACCUUACCAAUGGAGAAUGGAAAUUUACCAACAUAAAUAUCAUUUCAGUCACAGAGUCAAUGAAGGAAGAAGAGUUUUCCGUGAUCAUCUAUGAGAUCUCCAUGAAGAGACGACCCAUUUUAUACGUUUUGAACCUUAUCUUCCCAACAUGCGCCCUCUACUUGUUGGAUAUGGCUAUUUUGUUCAGCACCUGCUCUUAUGGAGACAAGAUCAGCUUCCAGCUGUCACUCAUCAUUGGAGAGUCAGUGUUAGCUGUGAUUCUUAAGGACAUACUUCCCACUUCUUCCGAUGACCCACCCGUAAUAGUGAUAUUUUUCAUAGGUGUCUUUGUCCUAAUGAUUAUGGGUGUAUUAGAGACCUGCUUAUUAAUGCAGCUGAAGAAGAAAACUCUACACCCUUUACGCAAGGCCAUGAAACUGCUGAGAUGCCCCAAGCAACCUAGAACAACAUCCAGCGACCUCCUAAGCAAGCAUGGAGACUCGCUGACUGAGCUGACCACAAGGAAACAGGAGAGCAGAGAUUCAGACCCAUUUGGAAAGGGAAAUACCGGACCACCCAUGCUUGUGGGAAGACUCAAUGCAGAUGGGCAGGGAACUGGCAAGCAGGCAGAGCCACAGGAGUGCAAGUCUGAGCUGCGGGUUCUGGAAAAGGUGUUUUUCUGCAGUCAUUUGCUUUUAUCACUACUCUUUAUCAUCUUCAUUAUUAUACAGUGGAGCAGUUAAAUUUUGGCAAAUUGCCAUUUCUAAUACUUUCUUGCCUUAACCUCCAAACCAGGUUUUCCUGCUUCUUAUGCUUGAAUUAAGCUAUUUGCUGCAUGUCUAAAUAACGGUGCAAGCUCUGCAGGUUACGAGCCUUGUUCUUGCAUGUGCUUGGCAAAGUAGUUUGUGCACCUUGAGCAUCCCAACCGCAAACGAGUUACCUGAAUAAAUUACAUUCAUGGACCUAGUAUUCCAGCUAUAAUUCAUCUUAGCUGGUAUUAGUCAUCUUAGCUGUCCCUCUCAAAAGAGCUAAAAUACACAUGGGGAUCUGGGGUGGGUGGGGACAAAGCAAAUGUGAAAUAGCAGAAUGGACUGAAUUAGUGCUGAUUGUAAUCAAAUGAGACAGGUACCCCAACUGUGUUUGGAGUCCAGGUUACCACUAUCAGCUCAAAGAAGAGAAAGGCCCAGGGUGGGUUUCCUACUCUGGAAGUGCAACCCACACCAUAAGUGUAAAGAACAAUCAGCUCCAGAGGAAAAAAAGGUACAUUUACCAUAGCAAAAACUCCAAGCAGUUAGUGGUCACAGGACAUGCUGUCUUGCAUAACGAUAUCAUGUAGCUAAUUUUUGCAGACCACUGAAAGCAUCUGCCUUACUAGGAUUACUGAGAGACCUGGACCACUCACACAGCAAAGAUAGUCACAGCUUUGGCUGAAAGUGAAACCUCCCUAAUGGAAUCUUACAAUCCUCACAGGAGGUGCGUGUGGUGAGGCUGCUUGCCUAUUCAUGCUACCUACAUUCUCAAAUGUACACAACCUGUAAUGUAGAAUAAGAGCAGCGUGUCUACCUGUUCUUGGAUGGUUUCACAUAGCCUGCCCUUGUUUGUCUGGCUUUGUGAUGGAACCCCCACACCCAAUCCCUGCCUCUACAACCAGGAGGGCUUCUCCUACCCCAUGCUGAGGCAGCCUGAGCUAAUUGCACAGCAACAUAGUAGGUGUCAAGGCACAAGCACAGGUGGCCACUGAGGCUGUAGGGAACAAAAGCAACUGUAGGUUUGUAAGGUUUGAUCAAGUUUGUAACCAGAUCCAACGAGUGUCUCAUGGAUAGGCUAGGGAGAUUCGCUUCCACUUGUAAUAUAGACAUGGGCUGAAAGUUAAACCGGGCUGGUCAUUUGUAUUGCUGAACUGUUCUCUCAGUCACCUGAACAACUUUGGGUGUAACC